AUGUUUGAAGAGAUGGAUGCAUCUAUCAGUGGCAGAUUCGCAGAAACCACUGUACGGGAAAAACAAGUGCGAAAAAAACGUGAAAAACCGGAAGAUAAAGAGAGAAAAGAGCGCGAGGCGAAGAAGCAGGCUGAACUUCAGGAAAAGUACAAUCUGUGGAACAAGGGUGUAGCUCAGACAGAAAGGCGCGAAGAGCAGCUUGAAGAGAUGGCUCGCGUCGCUGCUGAGCCGCUGGCUCGUAUGGCGGACGACGUGGCGAUGAAUCGUCACUUGAAAGAUCUUAUUCAUGAGGAGGAUCCUAUGGCUGAGAUGCUCAUGACCAAAAAGCGUGAGAAAGCCAUUGAUCGAGGAGAUUUGAGUUAGUU